AUGCCGUCCCUCGAAUCCGACGACUGGCGUGUACGCACACGAGCAAUGAUGUCUCUCCCCAACUUGCUGACGGGCGCCGACGUCCUUGUCGGCGAUCUUGUUUGCCAGGCGGUUCACACAUCGUGUCUUGUAUUUCAAGCUAUAAUUCUUGGCGCUGGAGCUUAUGGUUUCAUAUCAUGCAGCAGUGAUUUGGGGUUCAGUGAAGACCAUUGUUCCUCCAAUAACUCACGAAUAAACCUUCCAUGGUCCGCAUCGCUCAUGGGUAUGGUGGCCGGUGCCGCGAAUUUAGUCUAUCUCAGCCGAAUCUCAGCUCUCGAAAAACGAGAAACGGACAACACCAGCCAUCUGAAGCGGCUCCGAAAGCUCUACACUUUAUCAGUUGGCAUGCUUUUCAACGUGAUAUUCAUGCUAGUUGAUUUUAUCAUCAUGCACAAAGCAAAUUCCUUGGCUGAUGCAAGAUGGACUCACCUCUACAUCCUUGCCACAGUAGAAAUGAUUGGCGGAGCCCUCUUGAUGGCUACCUUGCUUCUUCAUGCUUGCAAGCUAUACAGAGUUCUUCGUCAGAAGAGUCAAGUUUACGAAGUUUUAAACAAUCUGGAGGAAGGGUUCGAGGAUGAAUAUAGGGAUUUGGAAUGA